AUGGAUCAGGAGAUCAGUACAGCUGGAGGACACAAUGAGCUUCAGGCACUGUGGGCUUUUGGUCUGAUACAAUCAUUACUGGAGUGUUAUUUGCCCUUUUAUAGGAGCACCCUUCACGCCGUCACCUGUCAUGAGAAGGUGGUGGCUGUCCGGAAAGAUCACACAGAAUCGCUGGGAAUGACUGUAGCAGGCGGGGCAUCUAACUGGGAAUGGGAUUUGCCUAUCUAUGUGAUAAGUGUCGAACCUGGAGGAGUUAUCAGCAGAGACAGCAGGAUAAAAACAGGUGACAUCCUCUUGAAUGUGAACGGGAUUGACCUGACGGGGGUCAGCCGGAGUGAGGCCGUCGCCCUGCUGAAAAACACCAGCUCGUCGGUGGUGCUCAAAGCCCUGGAGAUGAGAACGUGUGAAGCUCAGGAGGAGCGAGGCCGCCUGCCACCCCCCGAGACUACGCAGGUGACCUCCGAGAGCAGUGAGUGGUCACCUUCCUGGGUGAUGUGGCUGGGGCUGCCGCGGUAUUUGUACAGCUGCAAAGAAAUCGUAUUAAGAAGAAAUACAUCUGGAAGUCUUGGCUUCAGCAUCGUAGGAGGUUAUGAGGAACAUACUGGAAACAAACCAUUCUUUAUCAAAUCUAUUGUUGGGGGAACACCAGCAUAUAAUGAUGGCAGAAUAAGAUGCGGUGACAUCCUCCUUGCUGUCAAUGGCAGGAACACAUCAGGAAUGAUGCAUGCCUGCUUGGCAAGGAUGCUCAAAGAACUGAAAGGAAAAAUUACUCUCACAAUUGUGUCCUGGCCUGGUACUUUUUUAUAAAACAAGUCUUCAUGGAGAGUAUGACAAGUAAUUUAAAACAGGAAAAAAAAGGAACAUCAUCUUAGCUUUUUUGGGGGGGUCAAGCAUGUGUUUAUAAAGAAAAGGUUUGUGAAAUUUCAACCUGCACGUGAAGAAAAGUCAAGUUUAGGCAAAGCAGGGACACUUGUCAGAAAAUCACUUUAGAGUGAUGCAAGCUACAGACUUAAGUCUUUCCUUCCCCGUGUUCUUAAGGUUUUUUUUGUUUGUUUGUUUUUUGGUUUUUUUACAUAUAUAUAUUUAAUAGAUUCUUAUUAUAAUGAAAUUUGAGGAGCAGCAGCUCCUGCUCACCCACUUUAUUUUGAUUUACAAAAAGAAAUCCUUGAAUAACUUACAGAAUUUUCUUUUUUUGCAAUUUUUCUAGUUGCAAAAAUCAGGUAAAGGUUUUUAUCCAACACAUUAAUAGCACUUUGAUUAUGUGUACCUUUUCAUGGUCAGCAUGAAGCUGGUAUUUUUAAGACUUUCAAGUACUGAUAGUCUGUAAAACUGUGAAUUACAUUUCUAAAGUAAUUAAAAAUAACUGUAACUGU